ACACACACACACACACACACACACACACACACACACACCCUAACACACACACCCUGAGACAUGGAUACUAUGGUGAAGCAGUCUCUGGCGGUGCCCAUGAAGAAGCUGUCCAGCUGUGUGACAGGAGUGAAGGAGAGAGAGGUGUGGGCCAGGCGCAGGGCCAAGAGGGGGACAGGAGGAGUAAAGAGCAGCCCUCCACGGACAGGACAGACCUCCGUCAUACGCUCCUACCAAACUGACCUGGAGAAGGAGAGGAAGCUGAGGGAAGCCCUGAAUGCUCAGAAGCAUGCAGAGAGAGCCGCCAUGAGGGAUCACUUCAGGAAGAAGUACCAGCUCUCCAAGAGUUCCAAGGACACCAGCCACCUGAGCGCGGCGCAAGGGAAAGUGGCACUCCCCCGUCAACUGGCUAAACUGAUUGGACCUGAGACCCCGGCCAAGGACGAUGGCUGCAGCCUGCUGAGUGCCUUCCAAGGCCUCAACUUCAACAUGGGGAUGCUUGGAGGCAAGCAGACCAAGUCGUCCACUCCAAUGUCAGUCAACGGAGAGGCCUGCAAAGUCAUGUGAUCAAAGAGAACAUACUAGAUACUACACAGAAUCAACCUGCAACAUGCUAAAAACAUGCAUAAUGCCUAAAUGAUGAAAAAGAACAUUUUAACACAACGUAGCAGCAGAUUGGAGGGAACACAUUGGCAGACGACUUUGUCACAGUUGCUCCUCUAUCCCUUUAUCUCCUUAUCUGUCUAACUCUUUCUUUCUCUCUCUCUCCACCCUUCUCUCUCUCUCUUCACCCCU